AUGAGUAAUUUGCGCCUUCAGAAGCGCCUUGCCGCCGUGGUGCUCGGAUGCGGCAAAAAUAAGGUGUGGCUUGAUCCAAACGAGACUCACGAGAUCUCGAACGCGAACAGCCGACAAAACAUUCGUCGCCUGUUGAAAGACGGUUUGAUCAUCAAGAAGCCCGAGGCUGUGCACUCCCGUUUCCGUGCUCGCGUCUACGCCGAGGCUCGCAGAAAGGGACGUCACACUGGUGCCGGUAAACGCAAGGGUACCCGCAAUGCGCGUAUGCCCGAGAAAGUGUUGUGGAUGAGACGGAUGCGAGUGCUCAGAAAUCUCCUCCGACGAUACCGGGAGGCAAAGAAGUUGGACAAGCAUCUCUACCACGAUUUGUACUUGAAAGCAAAGGGUAACGCUUUCAAGAACAAGAGAAAUCUCAUCGAGUUCAUUCACAAGAGAAAGGUCGAGAACAAGAGAUCGAAACAACUGGCUGAGCAAGCUCAAGCUCGUCGUGAUCGAAACAAAGAGGCUCGUAAACGGAGAGAGGAUCGAAUCAACACAAAACGCCAGGAAACCCUUCGCCGUUUGUCCGAAUCCGAAACGAAAGUCUCGAAA